UGCGAUAGCUUGGAGUAUCGAUAUCCUCUUUACGGAUACGUAUCGAUAGUCAAUACCUAUUAUAUAAUCGGAGAUCGGAUUUCAGAUCUCUACUAUCUGACCAUCUCAGUUUGGUAAAAGAUAUCAUUCGAAGACGUACUUUAUCCGAAUGUUCGUGAAAGACUGUUGAUAUUCUUUUACGACAACGUGUCUGUUUGAUUUUGAGGUGCCGUGCGUCGGGAAUGGGUCAUACACGAAAACCAUGAUUCAAACGACAGCAGGGCCUUUCACAGCCGUUAUUGUGGUAUUGUUGGGUCACAAACGGAGAUGACAGUGUCUCGAGUUGGGGGGAAACCUGACAUACUGUGUAGUUGCCUCGAGAUACGGCACUAUCGCGGCGAGAGGUGCUCAACUUAAUUUAAUUCAGAAUUUUUGGACUUAUUGACGAUCGAGAAAAUCUUAUCUGUGCGGUUGGCCACAUACCACGCAUAUGCGCUUAAUUAAACUGGCCACUAGGUGCAGGGACAUUAGAAAAUCCUAUCCGAUGACGCCACUUUUCGCAAUUCUCUACACUGUAGCAUGGUAAAUGAAGCCUUUUUCGAUAACGUCUUCACCUCGUAUUACAUACCAUUACGGAAUAACCAUUGCGUGCCAUCGUGCAAGUAAACUAGUCACAAUAUAACAGGUUUCUACUUUGAGAGGACAGUCACUUAUAGACGAGCGGGAUUUGUAGCAGGUUAAAAUGUUACGGAGUUUUGUGUCAGCUACGUUGAUUUUGCUUGCCGCUUUUUGGCACUACGGAUAUGCUUCAAGGAUACUCGGUGUAUUUCCAACCCCUUCGAUCAGUCAUCAAAUAGUAUUCCGUGCUCUCACCCUUGCACUGAGAGAACGGGGCCAUCAGCUCGUUGUUGUGACUCCAGAUCCGGUCAACGAUCCAAUGUUGACCAACUAUACGGAGAUUGAUCUUCACUUUCUCUACGCUGAUACCGACGGUGGUGAGAAUUGGGUCGAGACUUUGGCAAAGGAAAGGUGGACCGAUAUCCAGGAUGCCUAUUUGUCGACGGUCCUGUCACAAACCGAACUCAUCCUUGAUCAUCCUGAACUGAAGAAGCUAUACGCACCAAACAAUGGCCAAAAGUUCAAUUUGAUGAUGAUCGAGAUGCUUUAUUAUCCUGCCCUUUUGCCUCUUGCCACGCGAUUCGAUGUUCCAGUUGUGGGUAUAACAUCUCUGGGUCUAAGUUUGAGUAUUCAUUACGCAAUUGGCAAUCCUAUCAUCCCUUCUCAUUCGUCAAAUUGGGAUACAGAAGAAAUGAUUUUCGGUGAGGCGACAUUUUGGCAAAGGCUAAAAAACUUUAUAUGGGUAUGGAAGUUUUUAUAUAAAUACCGAACUCGUUACAUGCCGGCGCAACAGGCGUUGGCCAGAAAAUAUUUUGGGAACGACAUUCCUGAUAUCAGCGACAUCGAAAAGAACGUCAGUGUGGUUUUUGUCAACCAGCAGACACCGAUUUCGUAUCUCAGACCAAAUAUUCCUAAAGUCAUAGAUAUCGGUGGAUUUCACAUCGCAAGGGAAAUCAAGCCACUCCCGAAGGACCUUCAAAAGAUCUUGGACGAUUCGACGCAAGGCUUCAUUUACAUGAGCCUUGGAUCAAAUAUCAAAAGUGUGAUGUUGAGUGACGAAGUGCGUAGAGAAUUCAUCGCUGCAUUUUCGGAACUGCCGUACACUGUUAUUUGGAAAUUUGAGGACGAUUUUCUUGCAAAUAAACCAGAAAAUGUCAUAAUUAUGAAGUGGACUCCGCAGCAAUCGAUUCUGGCACAUCCGAAUCUAAAAGUUUUCAUAUACCAAGGAGGACUUCAAAGCACAGAGGAAGCGGUUUCUCAUGGCAUCCCUGUAAUUGGAUUACCGGUAUUCACCGACCAGCACGUACACGCUAACAAAAUGGUUAGUCUAGGUGUUGGAAAAAAGUUGAACAUUCAUUCCGUCAACAGGCACGAUAUACUUGAAGCAAUACGCACUGUCGUCCUUGACAAAAGCUACAAGAGGCGGAUGAUGGACUUGCGGAAUUUGCUCAAGGACAAACCCUACGAUUCGCUGAAGAACGCGAUUUGGUGGACAGAGCAUGUGAUACGUCACAAAGGAGCUCCACAUCUGCAGUCCACUACGGUCGACGAGCCGUGGUAUCAGCGUCAAGAUAUGGACAUUGUUUUUGUUAUUUCCACCGGAUUUCUCAUAACUUCAAGUUUGGCAAUAAUUGCGUUCUACAGGAUGGUCAAUCAUAUUCGUGCAAUGAUUCACCCAAUCAGUCAGAAGGUCAAAAUAAAUUGACGCGACCUCGCGAUUAGCGCAAAUGAGUAAAAAAGGUCUUACAAUUUUUUGCAAAUUGGAAAAGUAUUGAAUAUGCACUGUAAAUCAUC